AUGGAGGGUUUCAACAAAGACAAAUUCACACUAGAGAGGGUGUUGGAUCGAAGAUUAUACAAGACGGGGAACCAAGCUAGGGUGAAAUGGCUAAUUUUGUGGAAAGGUUUGGGAAUGGAGAAUGCGACAUGGGAGGAUGCUGAUUUUGAUUCGCGCCCGUUUUCAAAAUUUCAUACCGAGCAAGAAGUGGAUGAUUGUUAUGUUAAUGAGUUUUUUGACAUGUUAGUUCUGGGAGUGCUUUCUAGGAAUGUGGAUUGUCUAGCAUGCGAUUGA